AUGGACGGUAAUGGCGAAAAAGGCGACGGCGAAGCGACUAUACCGUCGGGAAUUUACAGUGUGUUUAAUGAUCAAGUCGACGACGAACAUUUACUCACUAUGUAUGAAACUGAGAAUUUGUCUUUGUUAGAACCAAUUUAUAAACGGUUCGACGAGCAGUUUAAGUUGUUACAAGAACAGCGAUUCGCUCAACGGGUUGAAACUGAACGCGCCGAGAGCCAUCGCGUUAAAAUGUAA